AGCUUGUUGUGGGCCAAAGCGUCGCACUAAAUAUACGUCACGCUGGAGCUAACAUCAACUUGUUUUUUUUUUUAAAGUAUUAUUUAAACCAGGUUUCUUAUUUUUGUGUAAUUAGAUCUAUUUGGUGUUCCUCGUGUUCUUGGUCACAUGUUUAGGCUCCUUGUUAAUCAGAUAUAGCUUUGUUUUCUGUAAAAAAUCACGAGUUUCUUCCUCCACACGUGUUAUCUGGAGCAGAAAUGGACGACUUGCCUGCAGAUUUAAGAGAAUUCCUACAAAAUCAACCUUUUCUAGAGCUCACUGAAGCCAAAAAGAUCAAGUGUACGUUAAAUGGCCACGAGUUUCCAUGCAAGCUUGCAGAGAUCCAGAGCUUUAUAUCUGGGAAGAAAUACAAGAAACUGUGUGCUGGAAAGGAAUUUAACUACAGUCAGUAUGAACCUUAUCUGGUCCCGAGCACAAAGCAGCAGAAUCAUCUGUUUUGCAAGCUGACACUGAGACAUCUCAAUCGUGUGCCUCAUCAUGUCCUACGGCAUGUCAGUGGAAAACGGUUCAAGAAAGCUUUAGCACAAUAUGAGGAAUGUGUGAAACAAGGUGUGGAGUUUGUUCCCUUAAGACUCCAGCAGAAAAAAAGCAGACCCAAAAACACAGAAGAUGGCAUGGAGAGCAGGAGUGAAGAUAGCGGCAAGCACAAACAAAAGCAGAAAGUGAAAAAGAAACAAGACAGUGGCAUUUGGGCUCCAAGCUCCAGCGAGGGAGAAGCCAGCGACUCGGAGGACAGCAUGUCGGAUCUCUAUCCACCAACUCUCUUCACGCUAAAGAAGCCAGAAGGACAGGAAGAGAUUGAGGGAGAUGAAGAUGAAUUCCAGACAGAUGAUGAUGAGGAGGAGGAUAUGGAGGUUUCUGAACCAGAAGAAGCGAAACAAGCAGUGCAGAAACGUAAAAAGGUCCAGUCUGCUGGAGUUAACAAGAAAUUCAAGAAAAACAAAAAAAGGAAAGGAUUCAAGCAGAUCAGCAAAGUGAAGAAUGGAAAAUAAAAAAAAAUAUUAGCAUUAA